UACCCGCCGUACCUGUCUAUCUGCUUGCCGACUACCUACCCACCUACCUACCUAUAUCUUGCUUUACUUCUAGAGACCACUUGAUCCGGAUAGUGUCGUGUCCGGCAGACAGCGGCCCUGUCUCGAUCUCUACUGAGGACCCUCAAACCCGCACGCGGGCCUUGCUGUAGCGCUUGCCGUCAACAUGCCCGAGGACAGGCCGUCUGAAGCCCGAGCGCCCGCGCUGUCCGCCUCACCUCCCUUAUCACCCCCCUCGUUAUCCCCCUCUCCGACACCUCCGAUUCUCUUCCCAUCCGAAGACGACGUUCCCGUGCCCCCGUGGGUGCGUCAAGGCCCGCAGAGAUCCUCGUCCGGCGCGAAUGCCCGUCGGCUCUCGACGCCCUACUCCCGCUCCGCCGCCAACGAUGACCCCGGCCGCGCCCCCCUCGGCCGCCGCAUCCUACACGCGGUCACGUCCUACGUGAACAAGGCGACCGAACUAUUCUACAGCCUCACCCUGACGAAGCGCGUCCUCCUCAUCCUCGCCUACCUCGUCGUCAACGUCCUGCUCGUGCUCUUCCUCGUCUACUCGCACCGCAUCUUCGCCGCCCUCGAACCCGUCGCCGCCGGCUGGCGCGCCCUCCCGGCCGGCUGGAUCCUCGUCUUCCUCAUCACCUGCGCCUCGGCCUUCCCGCCCAUGAUCGGCUACAGCACCUGCGUCACCGUCGCCGGCUUCGUCUACGGCUUCCCCGGCGGCUGGCCCAUCGUCGCGUCCGCCACCGUCGUCGGGUCGGGCGCCGCCUUCCUCGCGAGCCGCACCGUCUUCAGCCGGUACGUGCACUCGCUCGUCGGCGGCGACAAGCGGUUCGUGGCGCUGGGCCAGGUGCUGCGCCGCGACGGCAUCCUCGUCCUCGCCGCGAUCCGGUUCUGCCCGCUGCCCUUCAGCCUGAGCAACGGCUUCCUGGCCACGAUCCCGAGCAUCUCGCCGGCGCGGUUCGCGCUCGCGACGGCGCUCGCGACGCCGAAGCUGCUCGUGCACGUCUUCAUCGGCAGCCGCCUCGCGCUGCUGGCCGAGAGCGGCGACGCCAUGUCGGUCGGCGACCGCGCCGUCAACUACCUCAGCAUGCUGCUCGGGUCCGCGCUCGGCAUGGCGCUGGGGCUGCUCAUCUACCGCCGCACGAUGGCGCGGGCCAAGGAGCUCGCGCGCGAGGAGGCGGCCGCCGCGAGCGGCGACGAGUUCGCCGAGCUCGACGGGGACGGCGCCGACGCUGCCGGCGAGUACGGCGAUCUCGAGGAGGGCCUGGCGCGGCGGAACGGCGCGAGCGGCGGCGGCGGCAGCGGCGGCGGCGCGAGGACCAGGAGGAGGGGCGAGGCCGACGAGGCCGCGCUCAUGGACGACGACGACAUCUCCCUCUGGGAGGCCGACGCGUUCUCGUACCGCGACGAGGACGAGGACGAGGACGAGGACCGCGAGGCGGAGGGGAGGCGGACGGCGGACGCUAACGAUAGUGGUAGAGGGAGGGGAAGAAGAAAUAGCAGAAACGGCCACGGCCCUUAAGGGCGCACGCGCGCAGGGGGAAAAAAAGAAAAAGAAAAAAAGGAAGCCCGUAUGGAAUAGAAAGAGGGGAUGGAUGGCAAGGGGCGAUGACAGCCAUCGAACAGCUCUUUUUUUUUUUUUUCUAAUUUUGGAAUCGGAAACUAGAAAUCCCAGAGAACCGCAUACCUACGAUAAGAGGUUUUCUUGUUCUUGUUCGUCUCUCUUUCUUUUUCUUUCUUCCGGGUAAAGGUGCAAAAGAGGGACCUAGGGGGGGUAUCGAAAGAGA